AUGAGGAAUCUCUCAGUGGUGACUGAAUUUAUCCUGCUGGGCAUCCCACACACGGAAUAUCUGGAGACCUUGCUCUUUGCCUUGUUUUUGUCCUUCUACAUCUUCACCCUGAUGGGGAACCUACUCAUCCUACUGGCAACUGUUGCCUCCACAUGCCUUCACACUCCCAUGUACUUCUUCCUGUGCAAGCUGUCUGUGUGUGACAUAUUUUUCCCUUCGGUGAGCUCCCCCAAGAUGCUGCUCUACCUCUCAGGGAACAGCCGAGCCAUCUCCUAUGCGGGCUGUGUGUCCCAGCUCUUCUUCUACCAUUUCCUGGGCUGCACUGAGUGUUUCCUGUACACAGUGAUGGCCUACGACCGCUUCGUUGCCAUAUGUUUUCCUCUGCGCUACACGAUUAUCAUGAGCCACAGAAUGUGUGCUGUCCUGGCUAUGGGGACCUCAUUUUUUGGCUGUAUUCAGGCCACCUUUCUAACUACUCUCACCUUCCAAUUGCCCUACUGUGGCCCCAAUGAGGUGGACUAUUACUUUUGUGAUAUUCCAGUGAUGCUGAAGCUGGCUUGUGCAGAUACCUCAGCCCUGGAGAUGGUGGGGCUCAUCAGUGUAGGCCUCAUGCCCCUCAGCUGCUUCCUUCUCAUCCUCACUUCCUACAGCUUCAUUAUUUUUUCCAUUCUUCAAAUCCGAUCUACAGAGGGCCGAUGCCGUGCCUUCUCCACCUGCAGUGCCCACCUCACUGCCAUCCUCCUCUCCUUUAUGCCAGUGGUUCUCAUCUAUCUGCAACCCACCCCCAAUCCCUGGCUUAAUGCAACUGUUCAGAUCCUGAAUAACCUGGUUACUCCCAUGCUGAACCCUUUGAUAUAUAGCCUGAGAAAUAAGGAGGUGAAAUAUUCCCUGAGCAAGGUGCUACAGCAGCUGGCCUGCCUUCCUGAGAAGUGA